AUAAAACCUUUGGAUUUUGUCCCAGUCCUGUGCGUGUGACUCAUUGCGGUUGGAAGUCCCCCUCCUCAAAAACCCCCCAAUUUGCUAGUCAUAAACCCUAGCCAAAGCCCUAAUCCCCUAAAACCCUAAAAAAUGUCGAACCCCAACUUCCACCAAUUCCCCCAAUCAAAAUCUAUCGACUCCGUCCGCUUCCUCUCCCCAAUCUCCCCCUUCUCCCGCCUCAUCGCCGUCGCCCGCCACCGCCGAAGCCGCAGCCGCCUCGUCCUCCUCCAUCGAACUCCACUCCCUCUCAACCCCAAACCCUGACUCCCCAACCCCAAACCUCCAUCUGCUCUCCUCAAUCCCCUCCCCUUCCAGAAUCACCUCCCUCAAAUCCCCCACCCCCAAAUCCAUCGUCUUCUCCACCCUCUCCGGCACCCUCCACUUCGCAUUCCUCGACCCCGUUGAUGGGUCGUUCGAUUCGGGCCCCACGGUUGAAACCUCUUUACACCGGGGCUCGGUUUCGAGUAUUGACGUUGUGGAGGGGGGAGGGGAGUGUGUGAGUGUGGGAAUGGAUGGGAGGGUGAAUUUGGUUGGGGUUGGAGAAGGGGGGAGGGUGGAGUGGAAGCGGGUUGCAGAUAGUAACGGGUUGGUCGGGUAUAGUUCGGUCCGGUGGGGGUCGAAUGUGGAGUUUGCGACGGGCGGCUUGGGGUUUGGGUUGCAGUGGUGGGAUCAGAGAAGGCCCGGUGGAGCCGUGUCUCAGUUGAAAGGGAAUUGGGCUCGAGGCAAUAUGCCUAGCAUGGUGCAUUCUAUUGAUAUUCAUCCUUCACGGAAGCAUAUUUGUGUGGUAUGUCCGCUUAAUCUCUGCCAGCAACAUAUUCUACAACAUUUCAUUUCAACAUAUGUUAUAACAUUUCAUUUCCCAUUUGUCUUAUGCAUUCUACCUCCUAAUAGAGGGAAGUUAGUUCCUACAUAAAAUAGUUGCUAUGCGUUAGAAAUAUUUUUUUAUUAUAUUAAUGCAGUAGCAUGCCAAUGGCUAAUAUUGGCACUUUUAAUUAAAUGAACAGAAAACAAAUUAGGCUUUAGCAUUUAUUUAUUUAUUUUCAUACCAUGGUAAUUGAUCCAUAUUGAUGAAAAACUGUUAGAUAAUUUUUUUUUCCAGUUAUAUCAUUUGUAUAGGCAAGCCAUUUCCAAACUUCUACAUAAAACAGAAGUUUUGCUGAAUGAAAUGAAUAAGCAUUUGAGAUUUGCCCUUCUUUUGAAUCUUUUAGUGGAUGUUUGGUAGCCUACAAGCCUACAACUGCAGU